CUCGCUCCUCAUCGCUCAUCCCCAUCUCAUAGCGCCGUCCCCUUUCUCACUCUCCCUCUCAACCUACUCCUUCCCCAGCCUCGCUGCCCAAUACCAUGCCGAACCCACUAGAAUACGACGAAGAAUCCGACACUGGCGACGGCCUCUUCGGUUCGGACGACGAGGACAAUGGUUGCAUCGACGUCGACGACAUUCUGCCCGACACGCGGAAACCUGUUGCUCCUCUAAAGUCAAGCACCGCCGCCUCCGUAUCUCUUACCGGUGCUUCGACGUCCCAGUUAUCCACCCCUUCUGGACGUCUUAACCCGGACCAGCGUUACGAGGAGCUCACCCGUCAGCGCUCCUUCUUAGAGCCGGCACCCAUCACCGGCCCCCCCAGCUUCAAGGCUAUGAUCAUGCGAGUCAUCUUGCAAAACGCUUCUCGCAUAGACGACAUCGGCGGUUUGACGUACAAGCAGAUGGCUAUCUUCAUCGACCAGCUACCACGGACGCAACUCCAAGAGGUGGAGGAGAACUGUCCGCACCUGUACAAGGACACAGAUUGGCUUUGGGAGGCCUUCCUCAUCAAGGAGUUCCCUUUGUUCUACACAAAGUGCCGCGACAAGGGUGGUGAGCCGCGCACGAGCGGAUGGAGGCGCAAGUUUGCAGAAGCGUAUCAGGAAGCGGAGGAGCGUAAGACGAAGGCAGCUGCGCGCAUUAGUCUGAAGUAUGCGGAAGCCGAAAAGGUCCGUCAGGACAAGAAGAUCCGCCUGAUCGACGACUUCGUCGCACCUCCGAAAGGCAGACGCGGUGGGCACACUUUGCGUAACGCGAAGAUAGGCAAGCAGUCCCUGCCCACCAACUACAUGGCGCAGAAGCAGGUCCGCGGGACGUCGGCGAUCAGCAAGGCGCGCACCGACUUGCAGCGCACGAGGGUCGCCCUCACUCAUGCCAGCGGGAAGUAUGUGCCGCCAUCGUCGCGUCCGGUUGCAGCCUCCUCCACGUCGGCGUACGACAACCCAUACGCGCGUUCGACAAUGCUGCAUGAGUCAAACCCCAAACACCCCAACUACGUGGCCCCGGAGCUGCGCGUAGAGGGACCGCGCUUGCCACCACCUCGCGUUCCCAAGCCCAGCCCCACCGUCGCGCCGGAUGCGGAUCCCUUCCCCGGUUCGCGCCGCACCGAUCCUGCGGCUCGCGCAUCUCUUCCGGAGCACAUUAAACUUACGAAGCCGAGCCAGCAAGAGCGCUUCCGCAUCGACGACUACAAAAUGACUAAGACGGCACCGAUGCGCGACAUCCGCAAGCCAGAGGUGCCGAACUUCAACCCUGACACGGUCGACAAGCCCAAGGCCAAGAUCGACUUCUUCGCUCGCCCUCAGAUGGCGAAGGCGAAGCGCCCUCCGCCUGUCGAUGAGGAAGCAGACAACAAGCGCGCCCGGAAGGAUACGGGCGAGGGGACCUCAACCUCGCCUCCUGCCUCUGCGCGGCCACCUCCUCCGCAUGCCACUCCACCUGCUCCUGGAGCUGCUCCAUCAUUCCUCCUCAAGAAGAAAACUAAUCGUCAUUCUGGCCCUCAGCGCAUCACCACCACCGACGUUGAAGCCGUUAAGCGAUCUAUAGCCAAGCCUGGCAAUCGGGUCCCACGCCGCCGUUAGCGGUCGAUUCCCCACAUCAUAUCACAUCACUGCAUGCGCAUCGGUACUGCAUUGCAUCGCAUCAUUUCCAGACAUUGUUCCAUAUGUUGUACUGCUCACACCAGAUGCAUUAUAUUGUCCACCUCACUAUGCUACGCUUGUGGCAAGCUCCGCGUGUCCCGCUACUUCCGCUCAUUCCCCUCCCCGAUGAUCUCAUGCUUGGUCGAGUCGGCCAUGAGGAUAGACUGAAGAUGCGUGUCGUUGUGCACAAAUACGACGCUUUCAUCGGGGUCACUUACGACAUGGGGGACGCGGGGAAGCAGACUACUUGCCCGAAGUGCGAGGACAAGAGCUGCCUGAGAUGAGCGUCACCGAGUGAGAACUGACCAUAGCCGCAACACUAAACCAGAAUGCAUUACCGAUGUGCCCGGUGUACUCUCCGUCAGUUGCCGACUUGACCUUGGCGCGCGUAACCUGAGAUUAGCUCCGCAAUAAUGACAUUCACCAG